CUACAGUACCUAGGUAGAGUCAAUUGAGGAACUCUCAUCUCUCAACUUUCAACUUUCAACUUUCGACUUUUCAUCCAACGCCCCCCCAUUACUACUAUAUCGGAAUCACCACGCAUUAAGCACAUCAAACCAAUCGAAUGUUCCGCACCGCCAUCAGAAUGGCUCCCAUCUCUGCGUCCGAAAUUCCCUCUCUUAAUCUUCUCUAUAAGCUUGACAGAUUAGACGUCUCAAGGCUUGGUCCUCUCAAGGGUGCGUCUCCGGCAUACAACGAUCGGAUCGGCCUUUUUCGUGGAGACAUAACCACCUUGUCCGUCGAUGCUAUCGUUAAUGCUGCCAAUACCUCCCUUCUUGGUGGCGGUGGUGUUGAUGGUGCUAUACACCGAGCUGCCGGCCCUAAGCUGCUUGCUGAGUGCCGCACUCUAGGCGGUUGUCCUACCGGCGCUUCCAAGAUCACCGAUGCCUACAAACUCCCUUGCAAGAAGGUUAUACACACCGUCGGUCCUGUCUACGACGACACUCAUCCCGCUGUGAGUGAAGCUGCGCUCCGAGACUGUUAUCGGUCUAGCUUGGAGCUCGCCGUGAAAUCUGGGUUAAAGACCAUCGCUUUUAGCGCUAUCAGCACCGGCGUCUACGGCUACCCCAGUUUAGACGCCGCUCACGUUGCUUGUGAUACCGUCAGGAAAUAUCUCGGCACUGGUGAUGGCGAGGCGUUAGACAAGGUCAUAUUCGUCACAUUCGAAGAGAAGGACGUCCGCGCUUACAACCAUCUGCUACCCCGGCAUUUCCCCCCGAGUACCCCGAGUACGAACGAUCACGAUCAACUCACCAAAGAGCAGAAUGCCGAAGCUGAGGCUAGGGCUAGUCAGUUACCCAACGUACCCUCCACAGAUCCGGCCGACCCAGAACAUGCAUUGAAGAAGCAGAAGCAGGGUGAUAAGAAGUAAGGCCCUUAUCGGAGAGCUGGCAAUUACAUCGCGGUAAAGUGAGGGUUUGUUACACUGCAUAGGGUGGAGAUUGGACUGGUUCGGGCAACGGAUGAGUUUGAUUAGCGCUAGGCGUACGGCACGGGCGAGAUAUCCCACAAAGGUUCGACUCAUAUUGUCGAGACCAUAGUGGCAACGUGAAUUCUUAAUAGAAAAAAAACGGAUAGGCAUCUAAGCCGUUCCGGUUCUUCGAGGCUGGGGUUAUUCGCUUUUUAGUUGAUGGCCUACUCUCCUGUGUAAGUCUACUUCAACAC